AUGAGUGAUCAACAGCAGCAACAACAUCAACAACAACAAUCACAUCAAGAAGAUGUAAAUCAAGAUAUUGUAAACAUAAAUAAUAAAAGAAUGUUAUCAAGCGAAAAUGAAAAUGAAAUUAAAAAUGAAAAUGAUUCAAAAAAUAUAGAUAACAAUACAAAUGUUUUAACUACUACAACAACAACAACAACAACAACAACUACUUCUACAAAUAGUAAUAAUAACGAUAAUAAUAAUAAUAAUAAUAGCGAUAAUAAUAAAAAUAAUAAAAAUAGUAAUAAUAGUUAUGAUCGUAAAGGAGAUAGAAAGAAAAAAUUGAAAUUGGAUAACAGAAGAAAAAAUAAUAAAUCGAAAAAAGAUGCGAAAAAUAAGAUUCGUGAGGAGGAAGGAAAUAUCACAAAGGAACUGCUGGCAGAGACUACUUAUGUCGUUGAGGAUGGUCUGAGAAAAGUACAACCCUAUUACUUUACUUUCAAGGUUUGGGCAAAGGAACGUUGGUAUGGUCGUGAACUGCUAGAGAUGUUCACCAAUGAGUUCUCGCAACUACCAGAGUCGAUCUACCGGCUGAAGAUCAAAUUGGGUUGGAUCAAGGUGAAUGGCAAGAUCGUCUCACCCAACUACAAACUUACCAAUAAAGACGAGAUAGAACAUCGAGUGCAUCGCCACGAACCACCGGUUUCUGGCGCACCAAUCCACGUGGUAGCCGUUGAUGACGACGUCGUCGUAGUCGACAAACCAUCGUCGAUUCCCAUACAUCCUUGUGGCCGAUUCCGUCACAACACUUUGAUUUACAUAUUGGCGGCGGAACUGGGAUACAACAGGUUGUAUGGAGUGCACAGAUUGGACAGAUUGACUUCGGGUCUGCUGAUAUUGGCGCGUUCGCCUGCCGCCGCCACAAAGAAGAGCGAAGCGAUUAUGAGCGGAAAUGUGACAAAGCGAUAUGUUGCGCAGGUUAGAGGACGUUUUCCAGAUGGCGACAUCACGGUUGACCAGCCGCUAAAAGUGCAGAAUCAUCGUCUGGGCUUGAACCAAGUGUCGCCCGACGGCAAGCCUGCACUCACUGUGAUCACGCGACUCUCCUACGACGCAGAGACUGACACCAGCGUAGUCAGCUGCCUACCGAAAACCGGAAGAACUCACCAGAUUCGUUUGCAUCUUCAGUGGAUCGGACAUCCAAUUACAAACGAUCCGCUCUAUAAUGAACAUUUCAAAUUGAAUGCAGGCAAGAUUAUGACAUCCGAUGGAUUCGAAGGUUUGGGUGGUGGUGAGUUUGACGAAGAUGGUGAGCCACCAACAGAAGGAAAGCAAAAUAAAUUUGAAGCGAUCAUCAACGAGGCGGAUUUCGACGAAAACUCACCAAUGCCUUGUUUGGACUGUAAAAUAGAUUGGGGUGAUCCAAAUAGCUAUGCAUUUGGAAUAUACUUACAUGCUUAUCAGUAUUCAGGCGAAGGUUGGUCUUACCAAACUGAAUUGCCAGCUUGGGCAAAACAAACACCAAACGAACAAACAAGUAUCACAACGACGACAACAACAAAAAAAUCAGCAGAGUUGUCAACAAACCCAACUACCACCACGGAGCAAAGUGAGGUUUAA